AUGAAAUAUUUCAUAAUUAAUUUUGUUUCUGGGACUCUUUCAAGUAAUCAAUUGAUUUAAUAAAAUAAGGUUGCGUUCAUACAUUAAUUGGAUAUCCAUUAGAUUUUAUUAAAACUAGGAUUCAAAUAUAACAUAGAAAGCAAGGCAUGAUAAAAACUGGAAUUUAAAUUAUUAGAGACGAAGGUUUGAAAACAUUGUAUAGAGGUAGAUAUUAUACAUUUGCAUAGGCGUAUCAAUAUAGCUUUUAAAUUCUUUCUGCGCUGGAUCUAUAUAUUUUCCUACAUAUGAACACAUGAGGAAAUGGUUUGCUAGAAUGGAUAAUUUAGGUGAGCAUAGUUAUUUACCAUUUUAACAAACUUUUUUAGCAGGAAGUAUGGCAGUAUUACAUAAUUAAAUUUAAUAGGGUAUUACAAGCAAUUUAUUCGCAUGUCCAUUAGAAUAUGGUAAAAUUUUAUCUCAAAAAACUAAAUUAAAAAAGCAGGAGUUGACUGAUGGUCCAAUUCACAAAUUGUAUCAGAUAAUAAAAACCUAAGGAUUUUUUCAUAUUUAUAAGUAAAUACUAAAUAUAAAUAUUUUAGAGGACUCAGAUUAUAAUUACUGAGAGAUUCAAUUGGCUGUGGAUUAUAUUUUGUAUCUCAUGCAAAAACCUUACAAUAUUUUACUCCUUAAGGAAGAGAUAGAACAUAGGCCUCAUAAUUUGGAAUUUUAAUGGCAAGUAUGUCAGCAGCAGUUAGUUUUUGGAUUAUUUCUUAUCCAAUCGAUAUUAUCAAGACUAGAUAUCAAGUAUUAAAUGAGAGGUAACCAAAGAUUUAACUGCUAUUUAAGUACAAUUAACAUCAUUAAAUAAAUAUACUCUGAAGGAGGACUUUUAUCAUUCUACAAAGGAUUUAAAGUAACUGUAAUAAGAAGUGUUAUUGUAAAUAUUUUUUCUUUAUGUACCUAUGAAAAUCUAAGAAGAGUUGGAUUCAAAUAUUUUUGAAAGAAAUGUAG